GCUUGGCGGUACACGGGUGCCUGUGCCCUUCCUGUCCUGAGACCCACGAGCGCUUUCCUUGGUCUGAAGCACCUGCCUGGUUGGGACCGCUUGGGGGCGUGGCCGACGGCAGGUCUCUGCUGUACAGCGUUGUCGCUUAGCCACGCAGAGACCCUUUCGGAAUCUUGAUUCCCACUCGUAAACCUGCAGCUAGACAGAGACCCCCAAGAGAACUCGGUGACUGUCACCAAUGUCAGUUCAGAAUUCUGACUGGUCCCUCCAACAGGACAAUCCUAUCUUCAGGGAGCCAGAUCCACCAGUCAACACAGACAGUGAUUCAGGCCACCGGCCAGUACAGGGCUAUGGGGAUAUCUCUGUUCAGGCUCCUACGUCCUCGAGCUUGGGCCCACCUUGCCCGGAUAUCAGCCAAGCUUCAAACUGGCCUGGCUUUCGGACCCUCCUGCAGCAGCUUCCACCACAGGACAGUGAUGAACGCUACUGUUUGGCCCUAGGGGAGGAGGAACUGGCCCAACUUCGACUUUUCUGUGCCCAGCGGAAGCAGAAAUCUCUGGGACAGGGGGUGGCCCGUCUACUGCCUCCUAAGCUUGAAGGCCACACUUGUGAGAAGUGCAAGAAGCUGCUGAACCCAGGGGAGUAUGGAGUGUUCGCCGCCAGGGCCGGAGAGCGGUGCUGCUGGCACAGACCUUGUUUUGCCUGCCAGGCCUGUGGCCAGGCCCUGACAAACCUCAUCUACUUCUACCACGAUGGGCACCUGUACUGUGGCCGUCAUCACGCAGAGCUGCUGCGACCUCGAUGUCCGGCUUGUGACCAGCUGAUCUUCUCCCAGCGCUGCACCGAGGCCGAGGGACGACACUGGCACGAGAACCACUUCUGCUGCCAAGACUGCGCAGAGCCCCUGGAUGGGGGACGUUAUGCCCUGCCGGGGGGUAGCCCGUGCUGCCCCAGCUGCUUUGCGAGACGCUACAGAAGUGGGGGCUCUAGCUCAAUAGGGGCAGCGGAAGGACAGGCGUCCCUUGGAGAAGGACCUGAUCCAAGUGUCGGCUGGAACCGUGCCUCCUCGGAUGACAAGAUCACCUCCCGAGCUGCGCUUCCCUCUGCAGUGGCAAUCCCGAGUGAGGCGUCCAAACAGCGGGAUAGAAACAGCCCACAGACACCCAAAGAGGGCAGCCCCUGCCCCACCUGCUCCUCUUCCUCUGAGUCGGAACCCGAAGGCUAUUUCUUCGGCCAGCGCCUUCCAGAUCUCUGGAAGACCCCUGAAAACCUCCAAGCAGAUGACAGAGGCAUCUCCAGGAAGCAUUGCGCUAUUUGUUAGUGGCGCGGUCUGGAAAUCGGGGUAGUGAGAUUGUGGGAUGGGGAGUGGGGGAUCUGUGAAGCGAGAUAACAAGGCUGUGCUGUGUAAAAACCUGAGACUGAAGGCAGUCAGGCACGCGGGACAAUCCCAUUGGUACUGCACGCUCUUCUGACCUGAAGGACACUUUCUUG